AAAGGACCAGUCACUUCCUUAAUCACCACAAAGAGGUCCUCUAACCAGGGAGAAUGCUCAGAAUUCAGCCAGCAAGAUGGGCCUGGCAUGCCGGACGGCGCCUCAUCUCUCAGAGAUCUUCCUUAGAAACCCUGGAAGAUAUUGAGGAGAAUGCCCCUCUCCGGAGAUGUCGAACUCUCUCAGGUUCGCCCAGACCAAAGAAUUUUAAGAAGAUCCAUUUUAUCAAGAACAUGCGGCAACACGAUACCAGGAACGGCAGAAUAGUCCUUAUCAGUGGCAGAAGAUCCUUCUGUAGUAUAUUUUCAGUGCUGCCGUAUCGCGACAGUACCCAAGCCGGGGACUUGAAGUUGGAUGGAGGAAGACAAUCAGCUGGCGCAGUGAGUUUGAAAGAGAUCAUUGGUCUGGAAGGUGUGGAGCUGGGUGCUGACGGGAAGACUGUUUCCUAUACCCAAUUUCUGUUACCCACAAAUGCCUUUGGAGCCCGGAGAAAUACCAUAGACUCCACCUCCUCUUUCUCCCAGUUCCGUAACCUGAGCCACCGCAGCCUCUCCAUAGGCCGGGCAAGCGGCACCCAGGGGAGCCUCGACACAGGUAGCGACCUGGGAGACUUUUUGGACUAUGACCCAAAUCUCUUGGAUGACCCCCAGUGGCCUUGUGGCAAGCACAAACGCGUUCUGAUCUUCCCUUCCUACAUGACAACAGUGAUUGACUAUGUGAAGCCCUCUGAUCUCAAAAAGGACAUGAACGAGACCUUCAAGGAGAAGUUUCCUCACAUUAAGCUGACACUCAGCAAAAUUAGGAGCCUGAAACGAGAGAUGCGGAAGCUUGCGCAGGAGGACUGUGGCCUCGAGGAGCCCACGGUGGCCAUGGCCUUCGUCUACUUUGAAAAGCUCGCCCUCAAGGGAAAGCUCAACAAACAGAACCGGAAGCUGUGUGCUGGAGCAUGUGUGCUGUUAGCAGCCAAAAUUGGAAGUGACCUCAAAAAACAAGAAGUCAAGCAUUUAAUUGACAAACUGGAAGAGAAGUUCCGGCUGAACAGGCGAGAACUGAUUGCCUUUGAAUUCCCAGUGUUGGUGGCCUUGGAGUUUGCCCUCCACUUGCCGGAGCACGAAGUCAUGCCUCACUACAGACGCCUGGUCCAGAGCUCCUAGCAGCAGCCCCAAUGAAAGCCAAGGACCAUUUCUUCUCUGCUCACUGGAGCAACACUUGCUACUGGAAAUGAAAAAAAAAAACAGAACUCAAAAUACCAGACUUUUCUUCCUCUCUACAUGGUUUGGGGAGAAGCAGUACUAGAAACUUUCCAGAGAGUCUUGGGUGUAGCCAAGAGGGAAGAGGAGGCACGUGCUGAGAACAGAGAGGCUCUGCCUGCUAUCCACUAGCGAGAACCCUAGCUGCCACAGCCCGUCUUUCUCCCCAGCAUUCACAGACUUUGCAGGCAUGGUCCAGGGCCUUCUCCAGAUCUGUUCCAACUUGGAGUGUGAAGGGCUUAAGCAAACGGGGGAAGAGAGUCUGCAGAAGCUGGGAGAAAACUAAAAGAUACCCUCGUUGUGUCGAAGAGUGUGCCCGUCUGUUUUUGUGUCAGCCAUUGGAAGUGCACUUUCCCCGGGGGCAUGCGGGUGUGUGAAUGUGCAGGUGUCUGAGAGAUACUGCAUCAGCCCGAGACCCCCAGAGCCUGUCCCACGCUUUACAGAGCAGCCCUCAGCCUGGGGCCAUGGGCCAGGCUGAACUUCGGCAAUUAUUUCUAGAUGAUUUCUGGAUAAGAAUCGCUCUCUUGGUACCAUAGUUUGACAUCGUCCACCCUUAGAAAAUGACUUUGUUUCUGUUACUGCUCCUACCCACCAAGGGGAUAAAGAAGAUGAGUUCUCAGUGUGGGAUGAGUCAGUCACGUGGAAGGGCAUGGAGCGUGGCGCUCUGUAACUUCCUGCCGUCUGCCACCCCGCCACGUGUAUUUAACCCUCGCACUUUCUCCACUGUGGAGACGGCUGGGGCAGCGCCCCACAGUGUGUUUUCCUGUCCUCUAUGUUAGAGUGCUUCAUAAGCACAUUUACUGUGCUAUCUAUAUCUCUAUAUAAAAGUGUUUUAUAAAAACCCAGAAUAGGAGCACGACGCAUGAUUGGUGUUUGAGGCGUUUGCCAGCUGGGAUAGACUGCGUUUGGAGCUGUGGUUGAGCUAAGGAGGCGGUGGCUCUCACCAUUCCCACGUGCCCAGGGCUGUUUGUGCAGGAUCUUAAUGGUGACUUGUCCUGGCUUACCGGGACAGUCUGUAUGAGGCUUGUCACCACACUGUCGCUUCGUAGCUGCAAGAGAGAGGUACCAGCUGAAGUCCCCUGACUGAAGAGAGCCUGUGGCCAUGUACAAAGAGAAUUAAACUCCUGUUGCUUUUUGUAUACCUGUAUGCGUUUGUGUAGACGUGUGUCUCACCAGUCACCUUUGCCCUCCAUUGCUGAUUCCCUUGCACACGCUGAUUCCAGUGAGGUCACAGAUUCAGAGCUUCACACACCAGCCCAGAGAGAGGGUGAUGGAACCUAGUGUCUGCAGUUUUUGUUAGCAGAACUGUCAGAUUCUUGACAGUCCUGCAGGAUGGAGAAAUUCAAGCAGCAGCUGGUGAGGGCCAAAACAGAAUACUUGGCUCCUUCAGAAUCUUAGAUUUCACUGAGUUUAGUCCUAAAUAUUUUGCUAACAAAUUUCCUUGGCCGGAAUCCGUUGUAAGACAGUGAUUUUAGCGGGGGGUGGGGGGUGGCGGGAGAGGGAGGAGGGAGAGGGGGAGAGGAUAUGAUGAAUGUGGUCUCUUGAGCUGAUUGUAAACGAUCAGCUGAUACGUAGGGGCACUUGCUGUUUAUAAAGCAAAUCGAGAAAAUAUUCAAGGUGCAUCCAUUGCCCAAACUACAAAAUGUCCUUGGCCUUCCUCACAGGGGGGUCUGUCACCUUGCAUUCUGAUGAGCCACCCAGCAUCUGGCCAGUGCCUGCAGGAGGAGAGCCUUUCUGAGAAGCAGGACCUCUGGUACCUGGAAUGGCCCAGAGAGCUCCCCACUGCCCAUCUGCCCUGAGUUUCCUGCCAAGCUCCGGGGAUGGGGUGGGGGCAGGGGGACAUCCGGCAGAUGACAUAGGCCACCAGCCCAGACAUGGUGAGAAGCCUGAGUCCUUUCCUAUGUCAUAAAAUCAGGCUAAUUUACUUGGAUUUGGGGCGAUUCGUUUGGUUUUUAGCAUCUAUGAGGUGAGCCCAUGAAGUCAGCAGUCCAUUUCUAAAGAUGCAUUUUCAUUUUAAACUCAAUCCUGGCCUGCGGAUUUGUGGAAUGGGCAGCUUUGCUGGUUUUAAUUUAUGUGGGAGGAGCUGGGGCUGAGAUUGAAGGCAUUUUAUCGGGAGAUCACCUUUUGCACGUCCAUAACAUGAGCAUUUUGGAGGCAAAGGAAGAUGAAGAGUGUGAGAGACGGAAGUCACUGCCAGAGGCGCCCCUGUGACACAGAACAUUCUAGACACGUCACAGCCUUGGGCUUCAGCAGGGAGGAAGCCUGAGCCUGUGCAGCGAGAAGGCCAUACAGCAGACCGACUCCGAGGUGUUGCCCUUUGUCCUCCACCAGGGAGGGCCCCUUCAGCCCCUGGUAAGCCCUGCCCCCUCUCAGGACUGCCCUGAGGCCUCUCCAGUCCUCCCCCACUCAGAUAUCUGUGGGGAAGCUCUACCCAGCCACACUCCUUGGGAUAACACUAGCCAGUUCUGUCUGACUCAGUUUCCCCAGAGCCAGCCUGGGGGCCCGGGACUCCUCUAGUGAGCAGUUAGGUAAGAGACAGGAAGCAGACAAGCAAAGAGGUUGCUGCAGCUGCCUCCUGAGGAAAUGGGCAACAGAGUGUGGCCCAGUCCCUACUGUGCCCACCCCAGGGGUCCGAGCCUGGGCUAGCCCAGUGACACUUAGAAGUCACCACUUUUCCUUUUUUCCCCCUUAAUAAAACCUCUCUUAAACAGGAAAUCCAUACCAAAUGCAAAUGCGUUUUGUUUUCCUUGGCUUUCUGUUGUUGUUCUGAUCGUAGAUUUCCCUGCCAGGGUUUCUGUUGUCGCAGGCUCUGCUUGAGGCGGCCUCUUCACACAAACCCCUGUACCACAUGCCCUGCCUUCCUGACGGGAGCCAGGAGCUUCCUUCCCCCUCCUUGUCAUUCCUUCCUGUUCCCUUCAUUCCCCAACAGCAAAUAAAACUCUGAAUG